AUGAUGAAGUCUAUGUUUUACCUACUUCUUGCCUUAACCGCGGUUUUAGCUGCGACCGCAUCUGACUUCAAACCCGACCCCAUUCUCGACACCGACGGCAACACCGUAGUUGGCGGCCACAGUUACUACCUUAUCCCCGCCGUCCCUGGAAAAGGAGGUGGUCUAGGUCUCGCCGGCCGUGGCGACAAGAAAUGUCCCCUAGACAUAGUCCAGGAAUCUUCGGAGGAGAACAAUGGCAUUCCCGUAAGAUUCUCAGACUGGUGGAGUAACAUUGGAUACGUUCCUCAAACUGAGAUACUUCGUGUCGAGAUGGACGUAGGGGACACGGCCUGUUGCCGCCAAACGUACUGGAAGUACGACAGUGACUUUGACAAGGAGAGGAAGCAGUUGUUCGUGAUUGCUGCUCCCAAGGACAGGUCAUCGUCGAGUACCUAUCAUUUGAAGAAAUCGGGAGAUGGGUACAAGUUCGUGUGGUGUCCUUCUAUCGACUGUGCAGGCAAACUUUGCAGUGAGGAAUGCGAUGUUCUCGGGAUAUUCGUGGAUGAAAAAGGCGUUCGGCGUUUGGUUGCCAGCUCUGAGCCUCACUUGGUUAAGUUUAAGAAGGCUGAUGGUGGGCCAGAUUAUUUGUCUAAGAGUACCAUAUGA